CCCAGGCAAACAGGGCCUUGCUUGAGUGGAAGACUACGCCACUCACGGUGAGACCGUAAUACUUACACGUCCUGAAACAUGUCGUCUUGUGUCGCGGACGCCCACUCCCAAUGGCUCGAGCAGCUCGCUGCUAUGCGGCAGGCGAUUGCAGAGCUGAAUCUUCCCGCUGAUGCUCCGAAGGCACCAGCAUAUGGCGACGACCUCGACUUCGACGACGACGACUUCUCUGCAACCGCCAGUGGCGAAGACAUCUGGGACAUCAUCAGCGAUGAGUACGAGGACGAGUACAGCAGCGAUCACCUUGAUCAAUAUCCCGAUAGCCAGACGGGUAAUAGUCUUUACGGCCAGCAAUGGCUCACAGGAAAGUGUGCCGAUGUUGCCUGGAGGAGCUCUGGCUUGGAUGCUGGAGCGCUGAAGGAGCAAAUCUCAGCGAUCCUUGCCAGCGAUAGCAAAAAUGAAGAAUUGCAAAUGAUUCUAGCAGAGAUCGUGGGAUAUGGAGAGUUAGAUCUGGUGGCCGACCUCAUUUCCCAUCGACAGGACAUCACGCGGUCCCUGCAUGCACCAGCCGCGGCCCAAAAGAAUGGUAUUGUGGGCCGCCUACAGACCAGAGCUGAGCGCGAGGAAGCUAUUCGUAAGCAAGACUGGGAGCACAAGACCGCCUCUCUGGCGCCCGCAAUGGAUCGCAAAGGCCCACAGUAUCCGCAUGUGUACCGUGCCCACGAAGCUGGUAACAAGCUCUCCGCUUACGGUAAGAAGUAUGCGUUGCCUCCCGACACCAAGCAUGAAGACAACAAUCUAUAUGAAGAAUACGAGAUUCCUGCAGUUGCCGUUGGUACCGUUGGUGUCGGCCGCAGGUUACUCGAGAUCCAUGAACUGGAUGGCCUUUGCCAACGCACUUUCAAAGGCUACAAAUCGCUUAAUCGCAUGCAAAGCUUAGUCUACCCGGUUGCAUACAAGACAAGCGAGAACAUGCUAAUCUGCGCGCCCACUGGUGCUGGUAAGACAGACGCUGCUAUGCUCACGAUCCUCAACACUGUGGCGAAGAAUGUCGUACCAAACCCAAUGGAGGAACCAGAUGCUACUGAUUUUACAGUCAUGACUGAAGAUUUCAAGAUCAUAUACGUCGCUCCCAUGAAAGCACUUGCUGCUGAGGUUACUGAGAAGCUCGGGAAACGUCUAGCAUGGCUAGGGAUUAAGGCCCGCGAACUCACUGGCGACAUGCACCUCACCAAGGCUGAGAUCUUGGAUACACAAGUCAUCGUCACCACACCAGAAAAAUGGGAUGUUGUCACAAGGAAAAGCACAGGAGACACUGAGCUUGUGCAGAAAGUACGAUUGCUCAUUAUCGAUGAGGUACAUAUGCUCCAUGACGAACGUGGAGCUGUCCUAGAAAGCUUGGUGGCGAGGACUCAGCGACAGGUCGAAAGCACGCAGUCACUUAUCCGAAUUGUUGGUCUCUCUGCCACCCUCCCCAACUACGUCGAUGUAGCCGACUUCCUCCGAGUGAACAAGAUGGCUGGUCUGUUCUACUUCGAUGCGUCAUUCCGCCCUGUUCCAUUGGAGCAACACUUCAUUGGUGCCAAAGGAAAGCCCGGUUCAGCGAAGUCUCGGGAGAACGUAGAAAGAGUAGCCUUCGACAAAGUCGUCGAGAUGCUCAAGCUCGGACACCAAAUCAUGGUCUUUGUGCACUCCAGGAAAGACACUGUCAAGACGGCCCGAAGACUAUACGAUAUGGCUAUGGAAGAGCAAUGUACAGAUCUAUUCGACCCAACUGAUCAUCCUCGAUAUGAGUUUGCUGUACGCGACAUGAAGCAAUCGAAGGGACGAGAGCUGCGCGAGCUACUUGGCAAGGGUAUGGGCACGCAUCAUGCAGGAAUGCCCCGUUCCGACCGGAAUCUGAUUGAGCGUCUCUUCGCAGAGGGUGUCCUCAGAGUGCUUUGCUGUACAGCGACUCUUGCUUGGGGUGUUAACUUACCUGCAGCAGCCGUUCUCAUCAAGGGUACACAGGUCUAUAACGCACAGGAAGGUAAAUUCACGGAUCUUGGCAUCCUCGACGUCUUGCAGAUCUUUGGCCGUGCUGGUCGACCUCAGUUUCAAGAUACCGGAAUUGGUUUUAUCUGCACAACACAUGAUAGACUCGACCAUUAUAUGCGAGCAGUGACUGAGCAGCAACCAAUUGAGUCUAGGUUCUCGUCAAAGCUCAUAGACAAUCUCAAUGCCGAGAUCUCUUUGGGGACGGUCACUACAGUAUCAGAAGCUGUGACAUGGCUCGGAUACUCGUACUUAUUUGUUCGGAUGCAAAAGAGCCCUCUGGUAUAUGGCAUCGAAUGGGCGGAGAUUCGUGAUGAUCCGCAGCUCGUCCAAAGGCGCCGCAAGCUCAUUAUCGACGCAGCUCGAAUCUUACAGAAGAGCCAGAUGAUCAUAUUCAACGAAAUCACAGAGGAUCUCCGGGCCAAGGACGUCGGUCGCAUCUCAAGUCAGUUCUACGUCCAACAGUCGAGUAUCGAAAUUUUCAACACCAUGAUGCGACCUCGCAGCACGGACGCCGAUGCUUUGGCUAUGAUCAGUAUGAGUGGUGAGUUUGAUCAGAUACAGUCGCGCGAAACGGAAGAGAAAGAGCUUUCAGCACUGAAAGAAGAGGGUUACGUCAUUACUGAGGUCAAGGGCGGGUAUGCUACAUCCUCUGGCAAAACGAACUAUCUUCUACAGGCCCACAUCUCUAGAGCAAGGUUAGAUGAUUUCACACUCGUCUCCGAUACCAACUACAUCACCCAGAAUGCCGCACGUAUUGCGCGCGCGUUGUUCAUGAUCGCGCUCAAUCGGCGCUGGGGAUAUCAAUGCCUCGUGCUUCUUAGCCUCUGCCAGUCGAUCGAACAUCGAUGCUGGUCUAUAGAGCAUCCACUACACCAGUUCGAUCUUCCGCAGCCGGUUCUACGUGCGCUCGACCAAAGAUUUCCUUCCAUAGAGACACUGCGGGACAUGGACUCGGGUGAGAUUGGAGACAUGGUGCAUAACAAGAAGAUGGGAGGUGUGAUCUCGAAGCUCAUGAAUAACUUCCCUACGCUGGCUAUUGAGUCUGAGAUCGCUCCACUGAACCGAGACGUACUCCGCAUUCAUCUUUGGCUCACACCCGAGUUCGUGUGGAACGACCGACAUCAUGGAACCUCCGAGUCUUUCUGGAUUUGGGUGGAGAACUCCGAGACUUCGGAGAUUUACCACCACGAAUACUUCAUACUAUCGCGAAGGAAACUCUAUGAUGACCACGAGCUCAACUUCACCAUUCCACUCUCAGAUCCUCUGCCUACGCAGGUUUAUGUCCGAGCAGUGUCCGAUCGAUGGCUCGGCGCAGAAACUGUGCAUCCGAUCUCGUUCCAGCAUCUCAUUCGACCAGACACAGAGAGCGUUUAUACCGAUCUUCUUAACCUCCAACCAUUGCCGAUCUCAGCGUUGAAAAACCCUCUGUUGGAGGAGGUGUACGCCCAGCGCUUCCAGUACUUCAAUCCGAUGCAAUCGCAAAUCUUCCACUGCUUGUACCAUACCCCAGCCAAUGUCUUGCUUGGGUCACCUACAGGUAGUGGCAAGACUGUUGCAGCUGAACUUGCGAUGUGGUGGGCCUUCCGCGAGAAGCCGGGUUCGAAGGUCGUGUACAUUGCUCCCAUGAAGGCGCUUGUUCGGGAGCGAGUGAAGGAUUGGGGCAAGCGACUUGCUGGACCCAUGGGCUUGAAGCUCGUUGAGCUGACCGGUGACAAUACUCCGGAUACGCGCACCAUUCGAGACGCUGAUAUCAUCAUCACAACACCCGAGAAAUGGGAUGGCAUCAGUCGUAGUUGGCAGACUCGUGGAUAUGUCCGUCAAGUCAGCUUAGUCAUCAUCGAUGAGAUUCAUCUGUUGGGCGGCGAUCGUGGCCCGAUUCUGGAGAUCAUCGUCUCGCGUAUGAACUACAUUGCUUCGCAGAAGAAGGACGGCUCCAUCCGGCUACUCGGUAUGUCAACGGCUUGUGCCAACGCUUCAGAUCUUGGAAAUUGGCUUGGUGUCAAAGAAGGCCUGUUCAAUUUCCGUCAUUCGGUCCGUCCUGUGCCACUGGAAAUAUUUAUCGAUGGCUUCCCCGAGCAGCGAGGAUUCUGUCCACUCAUGCAAUCGAUGAAUCGUCCCACUUUUCUUGCAAUUAAAGCCCACUCACCAGAAAAGCCCGUCAUUGUAUUCGUAGCGUCACGACGACAGACUCGCCUUACCGCUCGCGACUUGAUUAACUUCUGUGGCAUGGAAGACAACCCAAGGCGCUUCUUACACAUGUCCGAGGAUGAUCUUGCGCUCAACCUCGAUCGAGUAAAGGAUGAUGCACUGCGAGAGGCUCUGAGCUUCGGUAUCGGUCUUCACCAUGCCGGUCUUGUUGAGACCGAUCGGUCCCUUUCAGAAGAACUUUUUGCAAACAAUAAGAUCCAGAUCCUGGUGGCCACUAGCACGCUCGCUUGGGGAGUAAAUCUACCAGCUCACCUUGUUGUUGUCAAAGGCACACAAUUUUUCGACGCAAAGACUGAAGGUUACAAAGAUAUGGAUUUGACGGAUGUGUUGCAGAUGUUAGGUCGAGCUGGUCGCCCGCAAUUUGACUCUUCAGGUAUCGCCCGUAUCUUCACGCAGGAUGCAAAGAAAGAAUUCUACAAACACUUUUUGCACACCGGCUUCCCAGUCGAAUCUUCGCUACACAAGGUACUGGACAAUCAUUUGGGUGCUGAAAUCUCCUCUGGCACCAUCGCAACAAAGCAGGAUGCACUCGAUUACCUGACAUGGACCUUCUUCUUCCGCCGUCUGCACAAAAACCCAUCCUUCUAUGGCCUCGAGAUUUCGGCUGAGGAACACAACACUAUAGCUGCGCAAACUAUGGCGAACGACUAUAUGGUUGAACUAGUGGAAACCUCGCUCAAGGAACUCAACGACUCAUCCUGCGCCGCAGUUGAACCUACAGGCGAGGUCAAUCCCACCCCUCUUGGCAAGAUCAUGAGCUAUUACUACCUCAGCCACAAGACCGUUCGCUACCUAGUGAAGAAUGUGAAGCGUGAUGCGAAUUUCUCGGAUGUCUUAUCGUGGGUCUCGCACGCAACCGAAUACGACGAGCUUCCCGUCCGCCAUAACGAAGACCUCAUCAACGCCGAACUAUCAAAAGCAUUGCCACUGAAAGCUGAUGACUUUGGUCUGCCGAUGUGGGAUCCUCACGUUAAGUCCUUUUUGCUCCUACAAGCACACUUUUCGCGCAUUGACCUGCCAAUCUCCGAUUAUGUGGGAGAUCUUAAUUCGGUGCUCGACCAAAGCAUUCGUAUUGUACAAGCUUCAAUUGAUGUCCUAACUGAGCUUGGAUACCUUUCAUCAUGCGAAAUGAUGAUCACGCUCCUACAGGCGAUCAAGUCAGCACGUUGGCCUACCGAUGGUCCACUGUCUAUCUUCGCAGGUGUAGACGUCGACAAAGAGAAGAAACGUCUCGACCACCCGAAAGCCAGCCCUACAAGUCUCAUCGAAACUAUCAACACACCUCCAGCCGCGCUGGAAAGGGCGGCGAAGCUCGUGGGUGUUACGCCUAUAGCUAUCAAGCGCUUCCUCGAACCAAUUUCUCGUCUGCCCAUCCUAAAACUCGUUUUAGGAACCGUCAACGCUAUUUCUCUUUCGGUCAGUCUCACGCGACAGAACCCUGCAAGAAUGCAGAAUGGUGGAAUACGCAUUUUCGCACCGCGCUAUCCCAAGCCUCAAACCGAAGGCUUUUUUGUCAUCAUUUCAUACUCCAACACAGAUGAGAUUAUCGCACUGAAGCGCGUUGGCUGGUAUGACUCAACGAGAGGCGGUACUGGCGGGCGAAGUGGGCGCGGCGGAAGUCACGCUGGGAGUGACAAUUCAAGGCUUCAAGCCUCGACGAAGAUCACUUUGCCACCCAUGGCGCAGGGUAAGAAAAUAGAUGUUAGCGUGCUGAGUGAUGCAUAUGCGGGGAUGAAGUGGAAGAUUGAAGGAGUGGAAGUGCCAGAGGCGCCCAGAGUUGAGGAUGCUGGGAAGGGAAAGCAGAAAGAAUGAUGAUCUGUGGAUAAAGGUAGUAAGAGGAAACAAAGAAAUCAAAACUUUUAGGUCUGACUCCUAGAACAAACAUCAUAAACUAGCACAAAUUGUGCAUAAUGGAGGCAAGAUCGAGUUACUCGCGCAAUCUUAGCAAGUCACACAAGUAAUCCUGCGUAUCGGCAUGCCCUUCGCCCAAAACUUGGCUCGCACCUUCAUACGCUCUCUCAUAACAUCCCAGCGCCUCCUCAUAGCUCCCCUUCUUCUCUACAAUACUACCCACCAACCAAACACAUUCCAAUGUCUGGUAAUGCCUCCCUCCUAAUAUCCUCUCUCUAUGUCCCAACACGCGUCUAGCCAGCCUCUCCGCCUCCUUGACUUUCUCCUCUCGAUCCUGCUUAUACAACACAGCAGCAAGCUCAACCCAGGACUGCAUGACAUUCUCUCCACUCACCCCUUCUCUUUCUAUCCAGUACCCCACAGCUCGUCGCCACAGCGCCUCCGC